AUGUCCAGACUCUUGACCACAGCCCUCCUUCUUGGGCAAACCUUUGCCUAUGACACUGUUCUCGGGUUUAACUCACGCCCGACAGUGGAAACUCGGACAAUUGAUGAAAUCUAUAGUGCUGCUCUCAAAGAGGGUGGAACUGUUACAGUGUGGCAUGGAGGCGAUGAAAAAGAUCAGCAAGACUCUUUGAAAAGCGCCUUCGAGAAGCGCUUUCCCGGGAUGACUCUAAAUAUCACCGUGGACCUCUCCAAAUAUCUCGACAGCGAACUUGACCAACAGCUAUAUCAUAACAAUGUCUUUGUCGAUAGCAUCGUUCUUCAAACACUACAGGACUUCCCGCGUUGGCAACAGGAAGGUGCUUUGCUCAAUUACGCUCCUGUCGGAUUUGACAAAGUGUAUCCAGCAUUCAAGGACUCGAUAUCGGCUUCGUGGUAUGGAUAUAGCGUCUUUUUCUGGAGUCUCUCCUGGAACACUGCCAAGCUGCCACACGUCAGCAACAUAUCCUCUUACAGCGACUUCUUGAAACCAGAGUUCAAAAACCAGAUUGUCAUUACAUACCCCAAUGACGAUGACGCUGUUCUUUUUGCUUUCUAUCAAAUUAUGCAACAGCUUGGGACCAAAUGGUUUGACGAUCUUCUGAAGCAAAACCCUCGAUGGGUUCGUGGGACUGCUACUCCUUUUACUAUCUUGAGCGGAGCCAACUACUCUCAAUCGGCCACAUUUACAAGCUUCAGUGGAUUCAACCCAGGAAAUAACAUCAAAAUUUCUUUCCCGACCGACGCAAACUUUGUCAGUUGGCCCCAGACUGCCGCAAUUCUAAAAGAUGCGCCGCAUCCCGAAAGCGCCAAGCUCUUCCACAACUUUCUUCUCAGCUCUGAAUUUCAGAAAACGCUCCCUUUGAGUGCUCGGCAAGAUAUCAACUCCUCCAGCUCACCAUACCAUGAUAUCAUGCACACACCCCACACAAACCCGACAGCGUUUGCUAGAUUUAUGAGUGAUCGCGUGACGGUUGAGCGGGUGAGAUUUUUCUUCGAGAAUCGCCUAGGUACAGCGCAAGGAUUGAGCCCCUUGAUCGAUGAUAUUUAG